AUGCCGAGACUUAAGGGUAAAAAAUGGGAGGAGCGUGAAAAAUUAAUUGAGAAGGCAAUGACCCACUACAGGGAAUCAGGUAACUCUGCAAGUCUCCGGAUUUCCGCCGAGACUUUUGGUAUCUCUUGGAGUACCCUUCGAGAUAGGCUAAAUGGAGCACAAAAUAGGCGAGAGGCACACAGGGCACAACAAUUGCUAAAUGAGGAUGAAGAAGGAUGCAUAGUGAGAUGGUGUCAACGCAUGGACGAUUGGGGUUUUCCUUUGAGACUAUCUCUUGUGAAGGAGUUAGCCGCAUAUUUGGUCUCUAAACGGAAGGGCCCAGGGUACAAGCUAGGACAACAUUGGUUGAGCAGAUUUUUGGACCGGAACCCAGAGCUUAGCUCCAGGUUUAGUGGACGUCUAGACAGGCAGAGGGCGGUAACAAAUAACCAAGAAUUAUUAAGGGACUUUUACAAAAAGUUGAAGGAGGUGACGGCCAAAUACGACGUCCUACCGAAGGAUACAUAUAAUAUGGACGAAAAGGGUUUUAUGAUGGGCAUGUGUGCAAAAGUGAAAGUCAUUUGCAGAGCAGGACGGAAAAAUCCUCACCUCACACAUUCCGGCAAUCGCACAUGGGUGACAGUCAUUGAAGCAGUUUCUGGAACGGGGGUAGCAUUACCGCCUAUGAUUAUCAACCAAGGUACGGCUCAUUAUAAGGGCUGGUAUGCAGGGGUAGAGCAUCAAGAUAUCGCGACAUUUGCCUAUUCCCCAAAGGGUUGGACGGAUUCAAAGCUAGGGAUGGAUUGGUUGGUUGAGAAUUUUGAUAAAUAUACAUCCGAAGUGGCACAGGAUAGAUGGCGCCUCCUAAUACUAGAUGGACAUGCAUCACAUACCACUUGGGAGUUCUUUGAUUAUUGUCUCAACAAUAAAAUCAUUCCUUUCUGUCUACCCCCACAUUCCACCCACUUGUUACAGCCACUUGAUGUGGGAUUGUUCGGACCAUUACAAAAACAUUAUUCUAAUGUUUUAGAUGAGGCUAUGGAACAGUCUGGGGGUGAUACCGGCAUCAAUAAAGGAACCUUCCUAAACUAUCUAUUUGAAGCUAGAAGGAGAACCUAUACCUCUCAUAAUAUCCUGGCAGCAUGGGCCAAAACAGGAAUAAUGCCCUAUAAUCCCCGCCGGGUUUUGCAGCCAACCCCGCUUAGUGCAUCCACUGUACUAGUAGUCUCAGGACCCACCACACCCAAAAACACCAGAAUGGCGAGGUCAACUGCAAGUCAAGCUUUAGCACUAAUAAGAGGAGGCUCAAAAAGCGCCGAGAAAUUGCGCACUCUAGUAAAGCAACUGGACAAAGGCCUGCAAAUAUCUUUAACAGAGAAGGAAAUAGGUGAUCAUGUACAUGCUCAGUUCAGAAAAUCAGUAGCCAAAAAAGCGAGCCAAGCCUCUACUAAAGACAGAAAACAACUCAGUAAAGCAAGAGUAAUUACUACUGAGGAUGUGGAGAGGCUUAAAAAGGCUAGAGAUGCUGCAGACAGUAAAAAAGCAGCACAGGCUUUGGCUAGGGAAGUCGAAAAGAGGUCAUUGGGCAAAAGAGUUACUAUAAGCGAAAAUAUUUCUGUACAUUCUAUAGAUACUAGUCUAGAUGUUGAGGAGGUGGAAGAUUCAGAGUGGUCAAAGGUGAUAGUUGAGGAUACUAGCAGUAGAAGAUCAUGUAGGAAGAGGGUACCUUCAAAAAGGGUUCAGGAUUAA